UUUUCCUUUCUGGGUCCACAGAAGGAGAAGGAAAUGAGCCGACAUGUCUGAGGGCAGCCAGGGGAGCUCGCUGGCCUUUGGCCAGGUGGUCAUCGGGCCUCCGGGCUCCGGGAAGACGACCUACUGCCACGGCAUGCAGGAGUUCCUGGGCAGGAUUGGGCGCCAGGUGACGGUGGUGAACCUGGACCCCGCCAACGAGGCGAUGCCCUACCCGUGCGCCGUGGACAUCGCCGAGCUCAUCACCCUGCCCGACGUGAUGGAGAGCUUGAAGCUGGGUCCCAACGGGGGGUUGAUCUACUGCAUGGAGUACCUGGAGGCCAACUUGGACUGGCUGCAGGAGAAGUUGGCCGCGUUCAAGGGGCGCUACUACUUGUUUGACUGCCCGGGGCAGGUGGAGCUCUACACCCACCACGACGCCCUGAAGAACGUCUUCGCGCGGUUGGCCAAGUGGAAUUUCAGGCUGGCUGCAGUGCACUUGGUGGAUUCCCACUACUGCACGGACCCCGGCAAGUUCAUCUCCGUGCUCUGCACCUCGCUCUCCACCAUGCUCCACGUGGAGCUGCCCCACGUCAACGUCCUCUCCAAGAUGGACCUGAUCGAGCAGUACGGCAAGCUGACUUUCAACCUGGAUUAUUACACGGAGGUCCUGGACCUUUCUUACUUGGUUGACCAUUUGGCGUCCGACCCCUUCUUCAGAAACUACCGCCGCCUCAACGAGAAGCUGGUGGAGGUGAUCGAGGACUACAGCCUGGUGUCCUUCGUUCCCCUCAACGUCCAGGAUAAGGAGAGCAUGCGGCAGGUGAUGCAGGCGGUGGACAAAGCCAACGGCUAUUCCUUCGGAGACCAGGAGCACAGGAGCCUGGAAGCUCUGAUGUCGGCAGCGGUGGGAGCCGAUUUCCACUUCCCUUCCACGCUUGCAGUGCAGGAGAAGUAUGUGCAAUCUCAGGACAAAGCCGUGGAAGAAGAAGUGAUGGAUCUGUAACACACCCACCUCUUCCCCAGCUGCUCUCUGUUUUGACACCUCUCCUUUUCCUGCCAGGAGCUUAAGGGAUUUCUGCUGUGGUGUGACUCAGACCAAGUGAAAGCCUGUCUGGGCAGAGGCCUGGCUGCUGGACUCCCUCCCCGAAAGGGUUUGACCUC